AUGGCUCUGGCAUCGGAAGACAAUCGCAAGCAACACUUCGACGAGUUAGCUGAAAAUGCCGUGCUCGACAUCUUCUUCCCGCAGAAGUCCAGCUUUGACAUCAUCACGCAGCUGCGUAAUGUUCCAACACAGGGACAGCUCAUACCAGAUAGGCACAACGCAUUCUUUGAUGAGAUAGCCAAGAUCAUACUUGUGCUGAGAACGACCGUGUCUCAAGAUGAGCUGUCAACCCUGUUACAAGAUGUCGAGCUUUGCAUUUCCGCGCAUGUCACUGAGGCCGUGACGAAUCGAGCUGUUGACUCGUUCCCUAUGCAGGAGAAGCAUGAGCUCAACUCCAAAUCUCAGCUCGCGCGCGACAAAUGCGAGUUUGUAUCAGCUGGAAACUUUACCUUUGUGGUUUGGAAGGUAUCUCUUCAUCUGACACGACCACGAGUCCGAGUUCAAAGACCUAUCGUCACGUUCUCGGCCAACUUAAGCCUUCAGCUAGCAAGCAAAGGCUCAAGUCGCGAUCCGCCGGAACUGACGCUAUUAAAGAGCUACGAGCCACUGCCUGCGAAUGUACUUGCUCCAUUCCAAUCUGAUCCGAAAUUGAACAAAGUCGAUAUCUUCCUGUCUGAAUCGCGUAUCACGAAAGUCGCUCCAUCAUCAGGAGCUGCUGCCACCGCAAGAGCCAUUAGAGGGUCAUCAAAAGUGGGAGUGCCUGUCGUACCAGCUCUAUUUAUCAGGAUCAAACAUGUCGCGGUGGCAGAUGCGAUUUUGGCAAGCGUUCAUCUCGAUACAUCUCGUUUCAUUACGGGGCUUCUGACUCUAGAGUCAAUUACCUGUGAUGCUUCUGGUCAAGCGGCGCACCCGUUAAUCAAAAUGAAGUCGGUUGAACGUACCAGCGCGGGCGAUGAGACUAUACUCGUUUACAGGAUACCAAACUCGGACCGUCCGCCAAAUGAGAUCAUGAGGCCGUUGAUGACUAUUACGAUCGAAGCAACAGCAAUUGUGGAACAACACCUGGAGACACAACUCCUCAUCACAUGGCAGUCAUAUCUGGAAUGCCCUGCUCCAUCUAGCGCUCCGCGAUAUAGCUGGAGUCGACCGACAAGUACCUUGUCCGUUGCGGCAUUGCGCAAUUCAGCAUCGGCCACACCGCGACCCCCUUCGUCCGACUCAUAUCGCGAACGCACGAUGUUUCACAUCAGCGGGCCCUCCACUGCAUCUGUCAAGGAGGACCUCUGUUUGCACAUCCAAUGUAGCAAUCGCUCCAGCCGCUCACGAAGAUUCGCUUUGGCAAUGCAACUAUCUAGAAAGGUUGGGCAUUCGCGUAUUCGAGCCGCGGCCUCUGCUUCUCACGCAGUAGCUCGCCUCUUUGAGCCUACAACACUACAUCCAUUGGCUCAACAAACCAUGCUUGUGGUCAAUCCCGAUCUGAGAAUAGGUCCACUGCCAUCAGGUGCCACUUUUGAGACCGAUUUGAUAAUACGCGCGCUCGACCCUGGAAUUCUUGAACUGGGUCCUCUUCACAUUGUGGAUUUAGACUUAAGGCAGACGGUCGAUAUACAUGAACUGCCGGACAUCAUGGUUGCAGAAGGCGGUGUCAGAUCGUAA